CCAUGUGCAGCGUGGUUCGUAUAAAUACCCGGCGAUGCCGAUCUUAUGGUAUCAGUCUUUUGUUUUAUCAUCAACAAGCAAGCAACACUUAAACAAAACCUACAAAAUGAUGAAGCUUAUCGUAGUCAUCUCUGCCUUGAUCGCCAUUGCCGCGGGUAAGCCAACCGUAUUUGCGGCGCCCCUGGUGGCGGCCGCUCCCGCCCCUGUGGUCACGGCCUCCAGCUCGCAGUACUACCACCGCCUCCACAACGGGCUGGCCGCGUACGUGGCCGCGCCGGCCGCAUAUGUCGCCUCCGCGCCCUACGUGGCGGCCUCGGCUCCGUACGUCUCGGCCCCUUACGUCGCAGCCCCUUACUCCGCUCCCGUCGUUGCCUUCUAACUUAGCCAUCAGCACACCAUGACUCAUUUGUGAUAUGUGAAAUAAAUUAUUUUUCGU